AUGUUUGCGUUAAUCGCAGCCUUGAAGAAACCAAUCAAAACAGACGCAGUGGAUUCUAUACUCGAGUUGGUUUGUGUCUGCAUGCAAUCCGAGCUUUCAGGACAAUCGAAUGAUUUAAUUUGCAGCGUAUGCAAGAAUUUGCUGCACAUACCCUAUACCCUGCCUUGCCAACACUCAUAUUGCUUGGAGCCGUGUUUACAGGCCCAAAGAAGUGGUGAGGAUGUACAGUGCUUCAACUGUGGCAAAGGCUCUCCCUUUAAAGAAGCAAUUCGCAAUGAACACCUUGAAGCCUCAGUAGCAAAGCGACUUGUUGAGGAGAAACGAAGCCUCAUUGCUACCUGCGACGCCUGCAUGAAACCCUCCUUAGACCUUCGUGAUUGCAAACACUGUGAAGGUCGAGUUUGCCCUACAUGUCGUCAGAGUCACUACGACCAGGUAGCUGCCGCAGUCAAGAAAUUAGUGAAAGGUAUUAAAAAAACUCGAAAGAAUGUCGUAAAUAUCCAAAGUAACUUAGUUAAGAAGUCUGCCCACUUGUCAGAACUUGAAAAAUCUCUUGAAAGCGCUUCCAAUGAACUUAAAAUUGCAUGUGACAAAACCCUCGAUAGUGCCAAUGCCCAGUUGGAUAGCUUGGCUUCUUUUUAUGCACAAGAAGGAUCUGAACAUAAAAGGACCAUUAAGAGCGUAAAACUAUUAAUUCAAGACACUACUGCUAGAAGGAGGGAUAUACCAGAUAUGGAUAUGCANUGUUUGACAACCAUCAAUGAUUUUGACAAUGAGGACAAUCCAUUUGGAGUUGAAAUAUCUAAAAGCUAUUCCUCGCUUAUCUACCCUAUUCAAAGUCUUUCCUUAGUUGAAGAUGAACCCGAUAACUCGAUAAGUGAGAAGAAUGAGGAUAGUACAGUUAACAAUAAUAUUGAUUGUACGGAAGAACCAACCUCCAAUCAGAUUUUUGUGGGGGGACUCAUCCCGAAGAUCACCUAUACGCAAUUUAAAAAUCACUUCUCCCAAUAUGGAGCCAUUAAAAAUGCUUUCAUAGCACCUUCAAGAAGAUCCGGUUAUGUAACUUUCUCAAAAAAGGAGUCUGCUCUUCUGGCGGCUGCUCAACAAUUUCAAUCAAUUGAAGGUGUGAAGGUUGAGGUCAAACCCUUUUUGAGAAGUUCAAAACGCCCGUCUUCAAAGAAACCUACCACAGAAUCACCUUCUACUACUGUCUUUCCAAAUUUGUCAGAAACUGAUCUAAAGAGGGUAUUUGUUGGAGGAAUACUGCCAUUUUCUACAAGGGAUACUGUUCAGUCGGCGUUGCUAAAGUUCGGUCCUAUAAAGAGGCUUGAAUAUUUUCCACAACGCGGCUUCGCUGUCGUUCAAUUUGAACAACCCGAGGCAUUUGAUUUAGCUUUAUCGACACACUGGCAUGAAAUUGAUGGCAAGAGAGUGGGAUUACUUCGGUAUGUUCCGAGGAAAUUGGCCGAUAGACAACCACCAGUAUUGUCAACACUUUCAAAUUCUUCACCGCUCUCUCCUAAUUGCAAUGGUCUGCCAGCGAUAGGUUCAAAAUCUUCCAUAGACUCUUCUUCUGGUUUAAGAACGAUUUUUAUUGGAGGAAUAACUUCGAUGAUUAAUGAGGAAUCAAUCAGUUCCGCACUCUCUUAUUUCGGUUCAAUAGAAAAGGUACUUAUUAAUUCCCUAAAAGGUUAUGCUUUGGUAACCUUUAAAAGCGUGGAUGCUGCAAGUAAGGCCAUCGCAAGCCAUUGGAUUAUAAUUAAUGACAAAAAGUUGGAGAUGGUGGCCUUUGAGAGGUAUCCAAAACGAAAAUUUGCAUCCAUACCUCCCGUAUCUUCCUUUAGUAGUAUUCCUGAAAUCCAAGAUACUAAUGAGAACCAAUCUGUCGAAGAUGUCUCUAAACGGAAGCUUUAUGUUGAUGGAAUUGCACCCCCAAUAAAUGAAACCAUAUUAAAGACCUAUUUCUCUCAAUAUGGAGCCGUUAUAUUUUGUCAAAUUACCGGACAACGCGGAUGUCUUAUUUUUGACAGUUCGAAAGGUGUGGAAGCCGCAUCGAAUGCUUUGUCACACAUAGUUGUUGGUAGGAAUCUAAAGAUUACAAAAUUCACUCCAAUUUGUACUAAACCAAGUGAAAUAAAUGCGGACGUUGGUCAAAAGGAUGUCAGCCUUCGAAAGUUGAUUAUAAAAGGUGUCAGUGAAGAUACCACCUACUCGGCUCUACGUGACUACUUUUCCAAUUACGGGCCAGUGGAUUAUGCGAAUUUUAGUGGCACANGAAUGCCGAGACGGCAACUUUGCUUUCUCUUUUUCCUACCCGAGGUUCAGUGGGUUUCGCUGAAACGUAAAAUCCCAAUUUCACAUGGUCUUGUCGAGAUUGAUUGUAAAAAAGCGACUUUGUCACACCUCAAAGUCAAUUAUGCUAUUUCUGGUUGUCACGAAUUGGAUGUUGUGCUAAAUCAAAUUCUUGAUUACAUUAUUAAUGAUUACAUCCGAUCUUGGUAUACGUUGCUCACGAAUGAACCGGCAUUUCCUCAACAAUUGCAUGCUGCAAUGGCUCAAUUAAUGACCGAAGUAUCAAAAAAGGCUCAGAAGAUUGACUGGAUUCCUUUCAUAAUUGAGGGAAUUCCUAAUAUAAUUAUCGAGCAUCUUCGAAUUCAUCGCAGAUCUCUUGAUAGACAUGCACAAUCAUCGAAUUCUGCUGAUCUUACAAAAUUCUUUUUUGAUGAGGAAAUGGAAGUCGAGAUGCAAGUUUGCCGCGAGGAAGUCUGUACGUGUGCAGAAAAGGAAUUAGAUCACUUUAGGCGAAUAACCGACGUUUUUCUCUUCGCCAUUAUGCCUGAAGAGGACUAUCGAUUAGUGACAAUUCGCUACCUCCUGAAAGAGAUAUUGGUGAAUGGGGUUCUCUUACCCGCAGUAAAUAUCCUCUCCGAUCCAGACUAUGUAAAUCAGUCGAUUAUUAAAUUAUGUAAUGAAUCAGCUUUUGCCAGUCCGUACUUUAUUCAAUCUCUUCGAAUGUCCUCUACGGAAGAUGAAUUAAAGGUCGUCAAAGAGCGCAUUGAAAUGUUUGCUGUCAAAUUGCGUGGUCGAGACUCCGGGGGCGAUGAUGAAUUUCUUACAUCUAUCAACGAGCAAUCUCUACUCAGUUUGUACCUCAACUGCUUGGCUUAUAGAGUCAAUUCGGAGGAAUUAAUGAGUUCUAUAACCUCGACGCCCUCAACAAAUGAACCUGAAGGCGAUGCUUUUGGCCCAGAUUCAGGUUGGAAUGAGACGAAGACGCCAGAACUGGAGCUAACACUUCAACAGGCAGGUGAAAGUCAAGUACGGAACCAGAUUUCCGAUGAAGACCAAGAAGCUAUGGGCAGGAUUCGAGAAUUUGGGGUGUCUAUGUGCAGUCUUGUAAUGCGGACCCUUCCUCAAAUUCCAGAGGAGAUUGUGAAAUGUUGUUUGAAGGCGCUCACUACUCCUCUGGAUUCCAUUGACCCAAACGUAUUUAUCAUCGUCGAAGAAGAGCUGAUUAAACUACUUUCGUCCGAGCAGUGUUUUGGUGCUUUUAAACGGAGCUCUUAUUACACUCGCGUCGUGGAGGCUUUCAAAUCCUCCUCCUCUCCUGGCAUGUUCCCUGAAUCCUCCCGUCGUUUAGGUGCUAAUGGAGGCGAGGAUGCUCGAGAAAUACCCCCCUACCUCUCACAAUCGGCUUCCUCUUCUCCCGUCUUUAGUAGAGCUGCUUCCGCAGUUUCAAUUAAUUCAUCGUCAUACUCCCCUCAAGGAUCUCAAACUCAUCUAAAUUCGCCACAAACCGCUGUUUCUUAUUUCCCCGACUCCUACACCGUGAAUGUACUUUCUGGGGAGAUGGUUCGGGAUGGAUACGUUGUCUAUACUCUGGAAGUUACAUGUUUAUCGACGAUAACUAAACGAAGGACGACUUGGCGAACGUAUCGACGGUAUAGUCAUUUUGACGAUUUGCACUCUCUCAUUGUGGAACAGUGUGGCCGCAUUCCGAAUUUGAAAUUACCGGCUAAGAGGUCCUUCACCAGUGUAAGCAUUGAGUUCAUUGAAAAACGUCGGUCGGAACUUGAUGACUACCUUCAGGAUUCAAAGGCGAAAUCUAGUUUCCAAAUGCGCAUUCUUUUCUUGAAUUUUACUGAAAGUAGAAUUAUCUAG